AUGCACGAGACUAGUGAAAGUGAAGAUGAUCAUGCAGGUACUUCAAAGACCAAAAAAAGAAAGCAAACUCAUAGAGCUCAAAAAUUUAGAGACGAAUGGUUAAAUUUAUCAGAUUUAAAAUCAUGGUUACUUCCAGUAGAAACUGAUGCUUUUAAAGCUAAAUGCAAAGUGUGUAAUAUUAUAAUGGUUGGUGAAUUGACAAACAUUAAAAUGCAUGGUAAAGGUAUAAAGCAUUUGCAAAAUUGCAAACAGUUGAAAAAACCUAUAUCAACAUUCUUCAAAACAGCACCAACCAAUUUGAAUACUGAUGUUUCUAAAGCAGAAAUAAAACUGUCUGGAUUUAUAGCAGAACACAAUGUUUCAUUUAUGGCAAUGGAUCAUUUAUCUGAUCUGCUUAAAGAAAUAUUUCCAGAUUCAAAAAUUGCCCAAGAAAUAAAUCUUAAAAGAACCAAAACCACAGCAAUCAUCAAAAAUGUGAUAGGAGCUUCGCAUAAAGAUAAUUUAGCUGCACAAUUGAUGAAAUGUAAAUUUAGCAUUCUGACUGAUGAAUCUACAGACAUCGGUACAGUAAAAACAUCUUGUGUAGUAGUGAGGUUAAAUAUUAACAAUUCAAAAUAA